UUUUUUCUUUCCAGUUGCGAAUAACGGUUUCCUCCCCCCCCCCCCUUCUAGAUAGCAGAUGGCUUAGGCAAAGUUCAAGGCUCCUUGGGAAACAUUGCAAGCAAAAGAGAGAGAGUUAAAAUUCUUUUCAAAAAAAUCGAAGACAUCCUAAAAUACCUGGAUCCCCAGUACAUUGACCGAAUGGCCGUGCCAGAUGCCAUGAAACUGCAGUUCAUAUUGGCAGAAGAACAGUCCAUCAUGACGCAGGCAGCACUUCUGGAGCAGGUGAAGAGCCUGCAGCCCUAUUUGGACAGCGCACAUAUCAAAGCUUCUCCUGAUCAUGCCACCAAGCUCCAGCGACUUUCACAAAUACACCUUCAGCAACAGGAUCAGUGUGAAGCUGUGACCGAGACCAUCCGGUUACUUCUGGAAGAUUACAACAAAAUGACCCUCCUCCUUUCCAAACAGUUUGUCCAGUGGGAUGAGAUGCUGACCCAGCUGGAAGCUGCCAAGCAGGUGAAGCCCACACCUGAGUGAAGACCAGGCUUUGGAGCCCUUCUGUUGGGCUCCAGGUGGAUCUCCUGCGUCAGAUCCCAGAUCUCCACGUUAACAGCUCCUGCCUAGGAACCCGUUAGCGCUCCUUGAGCUUCAUCCGGUAUCGUGGCAUCCAAGGGUAUCCAAUCUUGGCAGCUUUAGGUCUUGUGGACUUCAACUCCCAGAAUUCCCCAGGCUGAGGAGUUCUGGGAGUUGAAGUUCACAAGUCUUAAAGUCACCCAGGUGAUAUCAAUCUGGAAGCUACAUCCUGACCCUUUGGAGCUAAAUUAUAUCAUCUUUAGAGUUUAAUUUAUUUUUAGUCUUCAUUCAGCCAAUUCGUGGGGAACGCAUGACUUGUUGCAAAUACCUGUUAUUGUGGACCACAAUAAAAUCCUCAUGAAUCCUCAA